CCCUCUGCUCUGAUAUGAUCCUACAUGAGGCUGAGGUUGAAGCUGCAGUGAACAGGAGAUUUUAUUAGAGGAAGUCAGACACAAACAGAGGAGUAUUAGACCUCACACUGAAACGGAAUUACAGCUGUGUCUUGUACAGGAUUCAUUUUAAAAGCUACAUGUGUUAAGGUAGUAAUUCAUGUCAGAGCGACCCUCAUUAGCACUUCCGCUAGCUCGGCAAACACUUCCGGACACUCCAGGGACGUGCUUGUCAGUUCGUGAAGGUAGAACGUGUGUGAGAGCUGAUGUGAGUUCAGCAGCGUGGAUCAGUGUGAGGACUGUGACAGCUCUCUGUGAGAGGACCAGAAGAACCAGAACAAAGCUCAGAGAUCUGGACCUGCUUAGAGCUGCUUGUCCUUCCAGAGCGACCAGUCAAAGGUUCUUAUCAGGGAUUUUAACCCUCGUGUCGUCCUGCGGGUCAAAAUUGACCCGUUUUAAAAUUUGAAAAUGUGCAAAAAAUGUAUAUUUUCACAGUGAAACGUCUGAUGUCCACAUUUUCAACAUUUUUGGGAAAUCUUUGGUGGAAAAAAGAAAUGUUCAAAAUGUUUCUUAUAAGAAAUCCCCAAAAAUUCAACCAAAAUCCAGCGAAUUUCACUGGAUUUUCAUUGGAUUUUGGAUUUUUGUGAAUGUUCUCAGAGAAAAUAUUAGAAUUUUUAUUAAUAUAUGUAAUCAUUUUAGAUAUUUUUAGGAUUUUUUUUGGAGAAUUCUUAUGAAUUUUUGGAAAAUGUUUACAAGAAUUUUCUUGCCACAUUUGGGGGGAUUUUUUGUUAAAUAAAACUUUUAAGGGAAACUUUUAAAGAAUUAUUGGAAUUUUCUUCCUGAAGGUUUUGGGAUUUUUGUUUUGCUGAAUUUUUGGAUUUUUUCAGACAAGGAAACAACAUUUUUUGGUGCCAGUAAAUGAGGACAACAGGAGGGUUAAACAGACACGGUGGUCAGAGAAAGGAGUGACGGCAGCCUGCAGACACAGAGGAUCGGUGACGGAGAAGCAGCCCAGGAUUUUCUGUUUCUGCUCAAACCCAGACAGCAGAGAUCUGUACUGGUGGGAAGAAGCUGAGGUGAAAGAUGACGACGCCUCAAGAAGUCCUUCUGAGGACUUUGGAAGAUUUGGGAGAUGAGGAAUUUGAAAAAUUCAAAUGGUACUUGAACCAGGAUGAAGUCCUUGAAGACUUCAAAUCAAUCCCAAAGUGUCGACUGGAGAAGUCUAACAGGGUCAACACUGUGGAUCAAAUGAUGAACGCCUACUGUAGAAACACCCUUAAAGUCACUGAGAAGAUUUUAAUGAAGAUGAAUAAAAUUGAUCUGGUGAGGAAAAUCUCAGGAACCAUCAAAGAACCUGCAGAGAUUCUGUCCAGGUGUCAAGACAAUCUCAAGUCUAACCUAAAGAAGAGAUUCCAGUGUGUGUUUGAAGGCAUCGCUAAAGCAGGACAGAAAACCUUUCUGAAUGAUAUCUACACAGAGCUGUACAUCACAAAGGGAGGGACUGCAGAAGUCAGUGGCGAACAUGAGGUCAGACAGAUUGAAGCAGCAUCCAGGAAACCAAACAGAGCAGAAACAACCAUCAAACCAGAAGACAUCUUUAAAGACCCAUCUGGAAAAGACAAACCAAUCAGAACGGUGAUGACACAGGGAGUGGCUGGCAUCGGGAAAACAGUGCUAACACAGAAGUUCACUCUGGACUGGGCUGAAGACAAAACCAACCAGGACAUCCAGCUCAUGUUUCCAUUGCCUUUCAGAGAAUUGAAUUUACUGACCAAGAGAAAGUUCAGCUUGGUGGAACUUGUUCAUCACUGUUUCACUGAAACCAAAGCAGCAGGAAUCUGCAGCUUUGAAGACUUCCAGGUUGUGUUCAUCUUUGACGGUCUGGAUGAGUGUCGCCUUCCUCUGGACUUUGACAACAAUGAGAUCCUGACUGAUGUUACAGAGUCCACCUCAGUGGAUGUGCUGCUGACAAACCUGAUCAGGGGGAAGCUGCUUCCCUCUGCUCGCCUCUGGAUAACCACACGACCUGCAGCAGCCAAUCAGAUCCCUGCUGAGUGUGUGGACAUGGUGACGGAGGUCAGAGGGUUCACCGACCCACAGAAGGAGGAGUACUUCAGGAAGAGAUCCAGAGAUGAGGAGCAGGCCAAUAGCAUCAUCUCCCACAUGAAGACAUCACGAAUCCUCCACAUCAUGUGCCACAUCCCAGUGUUCUGCUGGAUCAUUGCUACAGUUCUGGAGGAGCUGCUGAGAUCCAGAGAGGGAGGAGAUCUGCCCAGAACCCUGACUGAGAUGUACAUCCGCUACUUCGUGGUUCAGAUCAAAAUCAAGAAGAACAAGUAUGAUGGAGGAGCUGAGACAUAUCUAGACAGCAGGAAGAUGAUUGAGUCUCUGGGAAAACUUGCUUUCGAGCAGCUGCGGAAAGGAAAGCUGAUCUUCUACGAGUCCGACCUGACAGAGUGUGGCAUCAAUAUGGAAGCAGCCUCAGUGUACUCAGGAGUGUUCACACAGAUCUUUAAAGAGGAGAUUGGCCGGUACCAGGACAAGGUGUUCUCCUUCGUCCAUCUGAGCGUUCAGGAGUUUCUGGCUGCAGUCUACAUGUUCCACUGUUACACCAACAGGAACGAUAAGGUUCUGGAGGAUUUUCUGGGAAAAGACUGGAAAGACAAGAACAGACACACUCUGGAUGUGUUCCUGAACAGAGUCAUGGAGAAAUCCCUCAGAAGUAAAAAUGGUCACCUGGAUCUAUUUGUUCGCUUCCUUCAUGGCCUCUGUCUGGAGUCCAACCAGAGCCUCUUAGGAGGUCUGCUGGGUCGGACAGAGAACCGUCCAGAAAUGAUCCAGAGAGUCAUCAACAACCUGAAGAUGAAAAGUGAUGGAAUGUCUACAGACAGAGUCAUGGAGAUCAAUAGUAAUGAAAUGUCUCCAGACAGAAGCAUCAACAUCUUCCACUGUCUGAUGGAGAUGAAGGAUCUCUCAGUACAUCAGGAGAUCCAGGAGUUCCUGAAAUCAAAGACCAGCCCACAGAUGGGAUUCUCUGAGGUCCACUGCUCAGCUCUGGCCUACAUGCUGCAGAUGUCAGAGGAGGUUCUGGAUGAGUUGGACCUGAACAGUUAUGGAACAACAUCAGAGGAGGGAAUGUGGAGACUGAUUCCAGCUGUGAGGAACUGCAGAAAGUUUCGGUUUUGUAGCUGUAGAAUCUAUGAGAUUCCCUGUGAAAUCGUGGCCUCAGCUCUGAAGUCCAACCCCUCCCAUCUGAUAGAACUGAACCUAUUGAGAAUCGGGAACCUGGAACAUUCAGGAGUGAAGAAUCUUUGUGAUGGACUGCAGAGUCCAAACUGCAAACUGGAGACUCUCAGAUUGGAGAGCUGUGGUUUGUCAGAGAUCAGCUGUGAUUCUCUGGCUUCAGCUCUGAAGUCCAACCCCUCCCAUCUGAAACGUCUGGACCUGAAGUCCAACAACCUGCAGGAUUCAGGAGUGAAACAUCUGUGUGGUUUUCUGAAGAGUCCAGACUGCAUCCUGAAGACUCUGGAAUUGUGGGGCUGCAGUUUGUCAGAGAUCAGCUGUGAUUCUCUGGCCUCAGCUCUGAAGUCCAACCCCUCACAUCUGGAACAUCUGGACCUGAGCUAUAACGACCUGAAGGAUUCAGGAGUGAAACAUCUGUGUGGUUUUCUGAAGAGUCCAGACUGCAUCCUGAAGAUUCUGAGAUUGGAGAACUGCAGAUUGUCAACAAUCAGCUGUGAUUCUCUGGUCUCAGCUCUGAAGUCCAACCCCUCCCAUCUGGAACAUCUGAACCUGAGUGACAACAUCUUGCUGGAUUCAGGAGUGAAACAUCUGUGUGGUUUUCUGGAGAGUCCAGACUGCAUCCUGAAGGAUCUGGAAUUGUGGAGGUGCCAUUUGUCAAAGAUCAGCUGUCAUUCUUUGGUCUCAGCUCUGAAGUCCAACCCCUCCCAUCUGGAACAUCUGGACAUCAGUGAUAACGACCUGCAGCGUUCAUCAAUGAAACAUCUGUUAGAUCUUAAGAAGAAUCCAGACUUCAGCCUGAAGAGUCUGAGAUCAAAGGUGUGGCGCUGAUCAGGACGGUGUUUGUGGUGAGAGGAUGAAGUGUGUCCUGAUGAUCCAGAGGUUGAAGCAGCAGCAGCUGGUGUGUAGAGACUCUGACUGGACCAUGUUACUGGGAGGUGGACUGGGAACCAGUGUAAAGUGUGUUGUUAUCUCUGUGUAGUUUAGUGUUGCAGCUCCACACUGAAUGAUGGAGAACCGCAGUUAAUGUUGACAUGAAACGCUGGAGGUUGAUGUCAGGUUGCAGAGUGUGCAGUAAGUUUCAGGAUGUUUUUGUCAGUGCAGGAUUAUAUUUCAGUUGACUUUCUGUUUCCAGCUGCAGUCAAAGUUGUUGAGCUUCUCUACCUGCAGCACAUUGAGCUGAUGAGAACAAAGUGUCCUGGAAACAUGUCAGCUGAAGCCUUGGAGCCCAGAGAGAGUUUAUUGAAGUUUAUUUUAAUGGUUUUUAAAUCCAGUUUUGUCCUCAAAGGUCCAGAAGCAGCUUGUUGAGCUCAGAGUUCAUAUUUAAUGUCAGCAUCCUUUGACCUUUCCGAGCUCCACUAAAUGUUUCUUCUAGUUUCUCUCUUCUUCACCUUCACUCGGUUCCUCGUGUUCAGAACCUUCCAGAUCACUGAUAUUCUUUGUUUCCUGAGCUGCUGCUUUCUUUAAAUCCCACCAAAUAUUUUAACUGGGAUUAAAUCCAGGACAGAGACGAACCUCCAGGACUUUCCAGGAAGGAUUCCUGAAGCAGGCUUUGGUGGACGUUUGCUUUGGAUGCUGGUCCUGCUGAAAGUCCAGUGAGCUUCAGUUUCCUCACAUUGUUCUUGUAACUGUCCUGGUGUUUGAGAGAAUCCAUGCUGCUGCUCACAUGCUCCAGUUUAGCAGCUUCAGAGCCACCAACAGGACUGUUGAUGAUGUUCUUCUGGUCCUUCUGCCUCCAGACGUUCUGUCCAAACAGUCCACUUUAGUCUCAUCAGUCCAUCAGACUCCCAGAACUCUGCUUUGUUCCACACAUGAAGAUCUUGUUGUUCAGUGUUGUCAGACUUUAGUUGUUGCCUUCAUCAGGUCCUGCAGCUCUUUACCAAUAAAACAGGUUUUCUACCAGCUGCUGCUGUCAAACAUCUGCUUCCUCUUAGAGAGAUUUUGUCCAAUUUGAUUCAUUGACUCAGUUCAUCCACAUGAGAUUUCUCCUGGUCCUUUCUUCAGAUGAGCCAGAAAAUCUUCAAGUCUUCAUCAACACUCAGUCUCCUGGUGAACUCCAAGUAUUUUCUAUCCUCAGACUUAAUAAAGAACAAAACACCAACGUCACACUCCAAGUCAGGCAGAGUCAGAUGAAGUCUGAGAUUUACUGUCAUUUCAGCUCCAUGCAGCAAACAGAGGCUGGUUCAUGAACACAGACUCUGAUUCUGAGCUGAAAAUCCACAUUUUUACCCUCUGACUGAAAUCUCCCCACUUGGAGCCUCAGUUCCAGGUUUUUAGUCCUUCAUCUGUUUCUGGAGUUGUUCCACCGUUAUCUUUUAGUUUAACAUGACCUCAUCUUUGGUAAUGAUUCAAUCUAACCUUUUUACGAUCAUAAAUACGAAACAUAAGCCUUACAUAUCGUGUAAAUUAAAACAAAGGCCUUUAUGCUUUUAAAUAAAGUCUAUAUGCUCA